UCUCUUGGUCCCUGUACCAUCGACCACCAACAACGUCAGCGACUUGCGGUUCUCCAACGAGCGAAGCUAAUCGAGGAAAGCGAUCCAGAAUAGAAGAGAUGGCUCAUUCCGGUGCUGCCGAAGUCUUCACGGAAGAGCAGGAGGCGCUUGUGCUGAAAUCAUGGAACGUGAUGAAGAAGGACUCAGCCAACCUGGGGCUAAAGUUGUUCUUGAGGAUCUUCGAGAUUGCCCCGUCAGCAACUCGACUCUUCUCCUUCCUACGUGACUCCGAUGUGCCAUUGGACAAGAACCCAAAGCUCAAGCGCCACGCCAUGUCCGUCUUCGUCAUGACAUGCGAAUCCGCGGUGCAACUGCGGAAAGCCGGGAAGGUCACGGUGAAGGAGACGACUCUUAAGAGGCUCGGUGCAAGCCAUUUCAAAUACGGUGUAGUAAAUGAACACUUUGAGGUUACGAGGUUUGCUUUGUUGGACACAAUAAAGGAGGCGGUGCCGGACAUGUGGUGCCCUGAGAUGAAGGCGGCAUGGGGAGAGGCUUAUAACAAGCUUGUUGCAGCUAUCAAGGAAGAAAUGAAGCCCAUUCCUUCCCCAUAGAAUUUAAUUCUCUCUCCUUGUUCUGUGGGCAAACCGGAAAUAAGAGGGCGUCAUGUGUGCUCGUACGUGUAGUUUAGUUUACCUUACAGUAUGUUCUGUGCCCAAUCUUUCUCCCAGUCAUCGGAUUGCGUCUGUAAACCAACGUACUUUUCUAGUAUACAUCUCAUUUCGAAUCAUAAA